UCAAACUACGAAGUACAGUUGUUCUACGUGCUAAAAAAGCAUUCUCGUAAACACGCUGUUUUUUAGUGCUAAAUCCCUGGCGUUUGUGCUUUGCCUUCCACUUGAAAGCAGACUUGCAAAGACAUAAGCAUCACAUAAGCAGCAUCAGACGAGUGAGACAGCGCAAAGGGGGCGAGAGUGGGGCCGAGCAAAGCAGCAGAAAAGCAGAAAGCAACAUGUUCAACGUCAGUUGGGGAGCAGCAGUUGUUCGGCGAGGUUAUCAUUCGUGCUUUCUCCCUUUUCUGCUUUUUGGCAAGGCAUACCGCUUCUAAUAUUCAUAGAGCAGGUUCUCUGAAGAAAGCAAGCAUUGCCGAAAAAGAUACAUUUUCGAGUCUAGCCAUGACCAAUCCGGUCCCACCCGGCAUGGUCGGGCUUCCCUAUCGGUUCUCCGACGAGCGUACCGUCAAGUUCGUCGAGCUUUACGGCCGGGAACCUUGUCUCUGGAACAAGCGACCUUACUUACGCCGCGCUAGAAACGCAGCCUAUCGGCGCAUUCAGGCGGGGAUCAACGCCGACAUUGAGCCCUACGAAACAUGCCUGACCAUCCAGGGCGUCAAGAUGAAGAUCAAGAACCUUCGCACUGGGUACCACCAGGAGCUGAAGAAGAUCCGAACCAUUUCGGGGUACCAGCCGAAGACGCCUUGGUUUGCCCCACUCCACGGAUUCCUGGCCGAGUUCUUGGACACGAAUGACUUCGAAGCAUCAACCACUCCGCAGCUGAAGCGUCUACAGAUUCGUCUCACCAGGCUGAAGCCCAUCAAGAUGCAGACUGAGAUCAAGCCGGAUCCAGAUGACUUGUCUGUCCCAGAGAUGCCAUCGAUUCCAACUCCGUCGUCCUUGUUCACUGUUCUUCCAGCACCCAUGCCCAUGGAUCAGCCACCCACCCCGCCGCCAUCGCUGCCCAAGAUCGCCGAGAUCAGUGCAGCUCCUCAUUCGGCCCCUGCCCAGAUGCCACUCCCCAUGUCGACGUCCUGCUCCCUUUCCGAAAAGAGUGAGGUCGCUGGACGGACCAAUGGAGGUGGCCUGGGAGUGGGAAUGCGAGGCGAGGACGAGUUCACCUUCUUCGGACUCAGCGUAGCUGCUCAGAUCCGGAACAUGCCACUGGCCAGUGCCAUGGUGAUGCAAUCCAAAAUCCAGUACAUGAUCUCCAUGGAGCGCCGCAAGAUAGGCGGUCACUCGUGCGAUGUGGAUAUCUUUAACUGAAAAGCAGCGAGGCAGAUCCUGUCUCAAGAUAUCUUUUGUUUUUCAUACUCAAAAAGGACAUUUCUUAGAACUUAUCUGUGAAUACGAUUCUCAGUUAUUUGUUAAAUAACUUGAAAGAAUAUCCUUAGUUUAAGAACUAACCAAGAUAGUUUUCUUUGGAAAACACUUUUGCUGUUAGCUUUUGCGUUAGACUCAAAACUGAAAAGAGACCUCAUCUCACUUAUAGGUAAGAAGUAUAUUAAUUAAGUAAUCAUAUCAUUCUUAACACUUAAAGUUGUACCACUGCAAUAAAAGUAAAACAGAAACAAUAACACUGAAUUG